UCGUAUAUAAAGGCGAGCUCCCUCUUUUUUGGGUAGCAUAGUGGAUACUGUUGUGGCGGCCGGACGUAGUCGUUGGUUUAACGGUAGUUCUGACAUCGAAACAGUUAAUAGUAGUUAGCGAUAGUUGCUCUGACAAACCCACGGAGGAGUAACAAGUGUUUACUAUUCGGAAGUUUACUUUUACUUUACGAGAGUUUUUUGUUCAAACGCCAAAACUUUUUGGGAUUUAACUUCUUUUGGAAAUUAUAAUUUUUUAUUGUAUUCUUAUUUUUUAAAGGAACUUUUGAGAAUCAGUUUCGAUAAAAUGAACAUUAUCUAGAAUGUUUUGAAAAGGACUCUUCGGAAGGUUACCAGCAUGACAGAGCCAAUGGAGGGGACCCAUCAACUGGAAUCUCUGGGUUGCCCAUCAGGUGGGAGCCGCGAGGACGCCUUGGAGCAUCUCCCAGUCAGCUACCCUGACGGACCGCAGAGCGCCGACAGGGGGCGCCAGAGAGAGCAGAAGCAGCAGCGGGCGGAGAACCACGGGAAUAUCAACACAGGCAACUUGUGGCAAAUGAAAGGCGGACAGAGAGAGGUGUGUCCCGCUUCGGGAGACGGAAACGAGCUGUCCAAGUACCCGAACGCGGCGCCCGACGGCCACAGCCCGCUGAGAAAAAACGGACAAGACAGAACGCUGCAGGAGACUUUGAACCAAGUGCAAGUGGCGAGUUUGCCCAUCGACUCCGACGCGGGCUUUGACGCGCGCCUGGGCAAGAAGCGGCACCGGCGCAGGACCACCAAGAAGAAGCGCAACUGGAAGCCCUACAACAAACUUUCCUGGGAGGAGAAGAAAGCUUUGGAGGAGAGGGAGACUCUGCGAGCCUCGCGGAUGAGGGAGGAGAUGUUCGCCAAAGGGCUCCCGGUCGCUCCAUACAACACCACCCAGUUUCUGAUGGACGAACACGACCGAGAGGAGCCCGACCUCAACACCGGAGCCAGGCGCUCUCUGGGGGUCGGCGGUCGCCCGGAGGAGACCGGCAGCGAGGAGGAGGUCUUCGACAACGAGGAGGACGACGACGAUGACGGCAGCGGCGGAGGCAGCGACGGCAUCGGCAGGCCGGGGAACGCAGGUGGAGAGUUCCUCCAGAGGGACUUCUCCGAAACCUACGAGAUGUACCACGUGGAGACCCUGCAGAACAUGAGCAAACAGGAGCUGGUGCAGGAGUACCUGGAGCUGGAGAAGUGCAUGUCCCGCCUGGAGGAGGAGAACAACCGGCUGAGGCGCGCCGUGGAGCCCGGGGCGGCCACGGAUCAAGUCCAGGUUCGGCUGCAGGAGCUGGAGGUGGAGCUGGAGAGACUGAGAGCCGAGAACUCCGAGCUGCAUCUGCAGUGCAAGCUCAGCAGGGACCAGGACCAGAGCGCUGCGCAGUGAAGGACUGCUCCCAGGGAGGGGAACCCGGUUCAAAAAGGACUCCAAAAUGGGACUACUUUUCUUUUCAACCUGGUUUCUAUCAUCAGUUUGUCAGGAAAGUCAUUGCACUGCAAUGCAACAGUCUACUGGACGUUUUUUUUCUAUACUCCUUCCUGUCUCAGUUUUCUUCAAGUGUAAAUAUUUCAAAAAAUGAGAUUUUUUUUUUAAAAAUAACAGGAAUAAAAAAAAAAUAAUUUCUGGGUUACAAUGUAGUCAUAUCAUUGGCGUACACUGUUCCAUGUUUUUUUAAGUUCCCCUCCAGAUAAUAAACUAGUUAAUUUGGCCGUUUUCCUCCCCUCCAAAAAAAAAUGGAGUGAAGAUUUUAACAGUUGUGUGUUAACCAGUUCAAAUAAAGAAAAGUUCUGAUUGAAA